CAUGCUGCUCCAGACUCUGCUCCUGCUUAUUCUCUCGCUGUCUUCAUCGUGGUGCGCCACGUUGGGCCACUACCAGGCCGGCGCCACGGAAGAGGCCUCUGACGUGGAUCUGCAAGUGACAGAGAGUGUCCCAGCGGAGAACAGUCUCUCAGACCUGUUGGCCAGAGUCGACACAGAUGAAACUGCGAAACCUGUAGAUGCAGCCCAGGAACCGAGCACGAGCGAGACUUCACCCGAGGAGAACGAGAUCCUGCCUGUCCUGCAGAACUCAACGUCGCUUCCCCAAGAGACAAGCGCCUGGAGCAUCCACUCCAUCAGAAGCAGCUUCCAGACUGUGCACGGGUACUUUGACUCCCUGGUGGAGCUGGUGGGGGGACACAACGGCGUCUGUCGCUACAACUGCAGAUACGGAGAUCCUCCACAGCCUCGGCCCGGCUACCUGCACCAGGAGCCCAACGGCUGCAGCUCAUCCCUGGUGGGACUGCAGCUGGAUCCAGGCAUUCCUGCCAUGACAAGGUGCUGCAACCUCCUGGACGUCUGCUAUGACACCUGCGGCAACAACAAGUACCACUGCGACUCCAAGUUCCGCUCCUGUCUACAAGACCUUUGCUCUGACCUCAAGACCAGUCUGGGCUUCAUGUCGAACGUACAAGCCUGUGAGUCAAUGGCGGAUGCUCUCUAUAACACGGUGUGGACCCUGGGCUGCAGGCCCUACAUGAACAGUCAGCGGGCGGCGUGUGUCUGCGUGGGAGAGAUGAAGGAUGAGCUGUGAUACUCUGUGCUAGUGAUGGCUGGAUGAGGCACCAUGAAACAGCACUGCAGGGUUGAUGAAACUGGGUCCUACUUUUCAGGGGCCACUAGAUGGCGCUCUUGGUUCAGACAUAACAUCAGCUUUCAUCGACUUAGCUGUUCAAAUCCAAACAUUAUGCGGCGGACAGUGCCAUCUGGUGGCCUCUGAAUGUCAGGACACUGUGUCAUGAAACCUCAUCGACCCAUGGCCACUCUGGACUGUAAAAACUAAAAAACUAAAACUAUGUUUUACACCAGUUUACCUCGCCAUCUGAACCAGCAGAACAAUGAAGGCAAACGAAAAUGUGACUCUCAGAAUAUUCAUAAUAAUAUUCAGAAGCCAUUUUUCCGUUUGGGCUGGAUGACUCCAUUAGCAUAAAUUACUGAUGACUCCAAACAAAGCACCCGGUGGGGAGGAUGUUGUAGAGGGAUUCAUUUCCUUUUGAUAGAAAUGAUUUAAAGCUGCGCGGCCGUUUAAUGUCUACAGGACUCGCGCAUUAGUCAAACGUGCAACGCUCUUUAUGGAGGUUAUUUUUUUAAUGAAUAAAUGUUUGAGUAAUUGCAGUUUAGCUGACGUGACGGCAAGAUGAUGAAGUAGAUUCAUAGUGAGGACAGGAUUCAUGCUGGGAUAUGAUAUAUUCUUUACUUUCGUUACAACAAGUUUAUUUUAAAAGAAAUAAAAGGCACACGUUUAGUUACUUUACUUUCAAAAAUAAAUGUUUUUCGGUAAAACUGUGGUGAUUACAGGUGGAUCAAGUGUUCACGUUUUGUUUCAUAACUUUAAAUGAAAAGCUAUUUUUAUUACGAUACUUGUAAUCCAAGCAAAAAUGAAAAAUACUUUUGAUAAGACUAGUUUCAUUAACAUGGCAAAGUAAACAAAUAAAUAAUAUGUCAUGUUGAAGUAUACAAUAUAAUAUAUAUAUAUUGAUUAAUUCUGGGCAAAUGUGCAAUAUUAUUAAAAAAUAAAGUUAUAUUUUCCCUAAAUUAAUUAACGUGGUAGGUAUUCCGGGAAAACACUGUGUAGCAUUCCAAAAUUAUUUAAUAUUAAUGGAAAAUACUUCAUAAAACAUGCAAUAGAAUGGCGAUUUCCAAACUGGAAUGGAAGACACUGGAGCCUUUAGAGGCUCAAAUAUUCAAUUGAAACGGUGAUAUUCUGUUUAUUUUAUUAUGUAUUCUCAGACUGCUGCCCUGAUGAUGAAGUCCUGUCAGCCUUCAGAAAUGAACCAUGUGACCUGUGAAUGAGUUCUAAUAGAAAUGUCACUCAAUUUACAGUGGCUAAACGCAGCUGUCAGGGCGAGAUGCAGUGAAGUGGAUGUAUUACCCAGAAUUCCCUGAGACCUUGACACUGCGACUGGCACUGGAACACAUAGUUACAUACGAGUGUUGGUGUGCAGGAGUGUUCACCGUGUGUGUUUGUCUGGUGCUUUAAAUAAAGCGACGCUGCUCG